AUGUUAGAUCUAGAAGUUCUAGAUCUCGAUGAAUGUCGCCUUCCGCGUCUCAACUCUCCUCCCUCCAUCCCUCUCUCAACUCUCCUCCCUCCAUCCCUCUCUCAACUCUCCUCCCUCCAUCCCUCUCUCAACUCUCCUCCCUCCAUCCCUCUCUCAACUCUCCUCCCUCCAUCCCUCUCUCAACUCUCCUCCCUCCAUCCCUCUCUCAACUCUCCUCCCUCCAUCCCUCUCUUAACUCUCCUCCCUCCAUCCCUCUCUCAACUCUCCUCCCUCCAUCCCUCUCUCAACUCUCCUCCCUCCAUCCCUCUCUCAACUCUCCUCCCUCCAUCCCUCUCUCAACUCUCCUCCCUCCAUCCCUCUCUCAACUCUCCUCCCUCCAUCCCUCUCUCAACUCUCCUCCCUCCAUCCCUCUCUCAACUCUCCUCCCUCCAUCCCUCUCUCAACUCUCCUCCCUCCAUCCCUCUCUCAACUCUCCUCCCUCCAUCCCUCUCUCAACUCUCCUCCCUCCAUCCCUCUCUCAACUCUCCUCCCUCCAUCCCUCUCUCAACUCUCCUCCCUCCAUCCCUCUCUCAACUCUCCUCCCUCCAUCCCUCUCUCAACUCUCCUCCCUCCAUCCCUCUCUCAACUCUCCUCCCUCCAUCCCUCUCUCAACUCUCCUCCCUCCAUCCCUCUCUUAACUCUCCUCCCUCCAUCCCUCUCUCAACUCUCCUCCCUCCAUCCCUCUCUCAACUCUCCUCCCUCCAUCCCUCUCUCAACUCUCCUCCCUCCAUCCCUCUCUCAACUCUCCUCCCUCCAUCCCUCUCUCAACUCUCCUCCCUCCAUCCCUCUCUCAACUCUCCUCCCUCCAUCCCUCUCUCAACUCUCCUCCCUCCAUCCCUCUCUCAACUCUCCUCCCUCCAUCCCUCUCUCAACUCUCCUCCCUCCAUCCCUCUCUCAACUCUCCUCCCUCCAUCCCUCUCUCAACUCUCCUCCCUCCAUCCCUCUCUCAACUCUCCUCCCUCCAUCCCUCUCUCAACUCUCCUCCCUCCAUCCCUCUCUCAACUCUCCUCCCUCCAUCCCUCUCUCAACUCUCCUCCCUCCAUCCCUCUCUCAGCUCUCCUCCCUCCAUCCCUCUCUCAACUCUCCUCCCUCCAUCCCUCUCUCAACUCUCCUCCCUCCAUCCCUCUCUCAACUCUCCUCCCUCCAUCCCUCUCUCAACUCUCCUCCCCUCUCUCCGUGCGCAAGCAUGCGCCCGUGGCCACUCACCUAUUCCCUCAUCCCCAUUCGGCAUGGCGACUCACCUAUCCCCUCAUCCCCAUUCGGCAUGGCCACUCACCUAUCCCCUCACCCCCCUGCGCCCAUGGCCGUGACGAGGCGAUGCAGGACGAGCUGGACCCCGACCUGCAGGCGCGCAUCGCCCGCCACAUUGAGCGCCGCCGACAGAAGCAGGCGCGGAGGGCAGUGGGGGAGGGGGGAGAGAAGAAGAGGAAGGGGAGGAAAAGUGGGGAGGGGGAGAAGCGAGGGGAGCAGGGUGAGGAGAUGAGGAAGAUGAGCAGGGGGGAUGAGGAGGUGCGGAAGAUGAGCAGGGGGGAUGAGGAGGUGCGGGAGGAGGUGCGGAUGGGGGAAGGUGAUGGAAUGGGUGGCAGGGUGGGAGGAGUGGAAGAGGAAGGCAUGCGAGGGGAUGCGGAGCGAGAAGUGGCGGGAGAGCAGACAGGUGCUGCCCAUCCUCCCGCUGCCGCCCAUCCUCCCGCUGCCGCCCAUCCUCCCGCUGCCUCCCACCCCCCCGUGGCUGCCCACCCCCCCGCUGCCGCCCAAUCCUCCGCUGCCGCCCAUCCACCGGCUGCCGCCCACCCCCCCGCUGCCGCCCAUCCCUCCUUCGCUGCCGAUCCCCUGGCUGGUGCCCAACCCCCCACUGCUCACAUCACCCACGCCACUAUCAACGCUCCCCAUCCCGCUUGCCAGCAACCUGUACUCUCCCCCCACCUUCCCCUCACCUCCCCUCACCUUCCCCCCACCUCCACUCAUCUUCCCGUCUCCUCCACUCACCUUCCCCCCACCUCCUCUCACCUUCCUCCCACCUCCACUCACCUUCCCGUCACCUUCCCCCAGCAUCCCCUCGCCUCCUGUCAGCCUCCCCUCGCCUCCCCCCAGCCGCUCGCUCCAGCCUAUCAGCUCCCCUGCCCAGCACCCACCACGCCCCUCUCGCCCACCCGAGAGGGAGAGGAGGGAGGGGGAGGAGGAGCAGGAGGAGGAGGAGGAGGAGAGGGAUUGUUGGCAGAUGCGUGGGUGGAGCAGGGAGGUGGGAGGGAGAGUGAGAGGCGAAGGGAGAUGGAGCGCAGGGUGAGAGAGAGGGAGAUGGCCCGGCUGUGCAGCCGCGGGGGGUUAGGGAGGGUGGGGGCUGAGAGUGGUGUGGCAGGGAGGGAUGUGGGGCAGAGGGGCAGGGGGCACGGGGAGGGGCAGAGUGGUAGAGGAGGAGAGGGUGAGCGGCGGGGAGAGAGGGCAGGGGGUGUGGAGGGGCGCAGGCAAGGGGCGUGCAGUGCCGCCCCCCAUGCUGCCUCGCCGUCGCCAUGGCCCCCGGCAGGCAGAGCGCCCCUUGCUGCGCCCAGCGUGAUGCGCGCGGCUGCUAGUGUGGCGGCUUGGCGAGACUUGGGAGGAGGGGGUGCAGCGAGGGGCAUGGGGCGAGGGGCACGGGGAGAAGGGAGGGGAAGGAGGUGGUUGGGGGAGGGGGAGGCAGCCAGGGAUUUGGCAGAGCCGGUGGGAAGGGCGGGAAGCACUGUGAUUGGCCAGAAAGGGCUGGCAAGUGGAUUGCUGCUGCGAGCGAGCGAGGGGAGCGGCAGGGGGCAGGGGGGGGCGGAGGGUCAUGUGCAUGGGCGAGGGCGGGAGAGCGUGUGUGGCGACAGGCGUGAGUGUGCUGGUGGCGUCGGGCAUGGGCAUGUGCAAAGAAGGGAGGAGGUAGAGAAGGGGGAUUGGAGCGAGGAGCAGCUCAUAAGAGGGCAGGCAGGUGUGGGUGCGUGUAGUGUAGGGGCCAGUGCGGGGGUGGGGGAAGUAGCGGAGGGCAGUGCGAGGGAGGCGCAUGCUGCACGCACUGGCACUGCUGGCACUCCCCCCUGCGUGCGCGACGACGCUCAGUCCCCUGCCGCUGACCGCGCUGGGGAUGGCAGUGCCGCACCGGCUGCAGCAGCAAGCUUGCUUGGGGGAGCAAGCGAGGGGUCAGGCGGAAGAGGAAGAGGCCACUUAGGGGGCACAAGGGGACGUGGGGUUGGAAGGAGGGCGAGGGGCAGGGCGAGGGGGGGGCGCAGGGUGGUUCCCCCGCGAGAGGACAUCUCGCGGGGCAAGGAGGCGGUGCCCAUCCCGUGGGUGAACGAGCACAGCCACGAGCAGCCGCCCGCCACGUGGAUGUACAUGAGGAAGAGCUGGCCGGCCAGCCACAAAGUGAAAUUCGUCAUCGCGUUGGAUCGCAUCGACACGUUCUGUGAGGGCUGCCAAGGGGACUGCAUGGGCCACAUCCGGUGUGAAUGCACGGAGCCACUGCGGGGCAACUGGGCGUACACGAGGGAUGGCACUCUCACGGACGCCUUCUUGAGGAAGGUGGAGAUGGAGGUGGAGCAGGGCGAGGAGGCGGAGAGGCGGGGCAACAAGCAGUUCUGUGGUCGUGAGCGCUUGCUGUUGUGCCCCGUGAAUGCAGCGCAGCUGAAGCACGCCAUGGAUGCCAUGCCCCAACACCACCUGCCCGCGGAUGUGCCUGCGCCAGUGACGCUGAGGAAAUUUCCUGCGAGCGCCCUUGAGGCGUGUGUGGCAUGCCCCGGGCAUCCCGUGCGCACGUUUAUCAAGGAGUGCUUUGUCAAGUGCGGAUGCAGCGAGAUGUGUGGCAACCGGGUGGUGCAACGUGGCAUCACAAGGCGCUUCAAGUCUCUUGCGGGCUUGCCUAUGACAUUGGCGGAUUAG